AUGAGAAUUGGCUAUCGUGAGAGGGACAAAGCCCCAUUGGGCUUGAUUGAAUUGGUGGAUUCUCCCUUUGAAUAUAAAAAGGCCCUGUCUCUCUUUGAAAAGUUGAAAGGAGAAAGAGACGAGCCGUUUUGCUAUCAUCCUCCUAUUUCCCAAUUAAGCAAUACGAAAAGAGCAAAGAUGGCACAAAGAGGGCUUUUACCAAAAACUCACAAUUGCUACGAUUACCCUCCUGUAGCCAGGCAAUAUCUGAUCAACCAUUUGCACCUUUAUGAUGAAAGCCUUGUCGAGAUGAAGAAGAAAAGAGAAGCUUAUUUUGAGGGAAAGCUUCUUGAAAUUUAUCGGCGCGAACGGCAGCCUAAAUACAGACCCGGAUGGAGCCUUCCGCUAGAUAGGCCAUCUUUUUUGGAGUCUGUCCUUACAUUGACCCCCGCUUUGGUAUCCAAAGUGAGGCCGAAAAUGAACAAUUGA